AUGCCGGCUGCAGCAAUCUUACCGCUUCCAGCACCUCCUGUUAAUGGAGAUGGGUCUCCUCCUCCACCGUCCCAAGUGAUAGAACAGCAGCCGAGGGAAGAUAGGCUGGAAAAUGAGGAGCAGAACAGAGCACCAGUUGCGACUCAUACGAGAACUAUUGGAAUUAUUCAUCCUCCGCCAGAUAUUAGGAGUAUUGUUGAUAAAACCUCGCAGUUUGUGGCAAAAAAUGGACCUGAGUUUGAGAAGAGGAUUAUUGCAAACAAUGCUAACAAUGCCAAGUUCAAUUUUUUGAAUCCAUCGGAUCCAUACCAUGCUUAUUACCAACAUCGUUUGACAGAAUUUCGGGCACAGAAUCAAGCUCCUGGACUGCAGCCUACUUCACAGCCUGCAGAUUCAGCUGCUCCUGAUUCAGCUCCGAAACCUGAUUCAGCUGCUGAUGGAAAUGAAGCUACGAAACCGGAUCCUGCAGCACAGUUUAGAUUACCUCCUCCUAAGGUUCUUGUACCCCCAGAAGCUGAGCAGUAUACUGUUCGGCUUCCGGAAGGGAUUACUGGAGAGGAACUUGAUAUUAUUAAGCUCACGGCUCAGUUUGUUGCUCGAAAUGGGCAAGCAUUCUUGACUGGAUUGACAAACAGGGAGAUGAACAAUCCUCAGUUCCACUUCUUGAAGCCAACCCACAGCAUGUUCACCUUCUUUACUGGACUUGCUGAUGCAUAUUCUAAAGUUUUGAUGCCUCCAAAGGACUUGACUGAGAAGCUGACGAAGAGUGUUGUUGACAUGACCACCGUGCUUGAAAGGUGCUUGCAUCGCCUUGAAUGGGAACGCUCACAGGAGCAGGCAAGACAGAAAGCUGAGGAUGAGAUUGAACUGGAGCGGAUGCAAAUGGCGAUGAUUGAUUGGCAUGAUUUUGUUGUGGUUGAGACUAUAGACUUUGCAGAUGAUGAAGAUGAGGACUUGCCUCCCCCAAUGACACUUGAGGAGGUUAUAAGGAGGAGUAAGAUAUCUGCUAUGGAUGAAGAUGAAAUCGUUGAGCCUGGAAAGGAGAUGGAAAUGGAAAUGGAUGAAGAAGAGAUGCAGCUAGUUGAGGAAGGCAUGAGGGUUGCAAGUAUUGAAGAGAAUGAUGGUGAGAAGGACACAAGGACAAAUGAGGAGCCAGAACCACCUAUGAGGAUUGUGAAGAAUUGGAAGAGACCUGAGGAGAGGCUCCCUGCUGAAAGAGACCCAACAAAGUUUGUUGUUUCCCCUAUCACUGGUGAGCUAAUUCCCAUUAGCGAGAUGUCCGAGCACAUACGAAUUUCCCUAAUUGAUCCUAAGUACAAGGAGCAGAAGGAAAGGAUGUUUGCCAAGAUUCGGGAAACUACUCUUGCACAGGAUGAUGAGAUCUCUCGAAACAUAGUAGGACUUGCACGAUUACGUCCUGAUAUCUUUGGCACCACAGAGGAAGAAGUUUCUAAUGCAGUGAAGGCUGAAAUUGAGAAGAAGAAAGAUGAGCAACCAAAGCAGGUCAUAUGGGAUGGUCACACGGGAAGCAUUGGUCGCACUGCAAACCAAGCUAUGUCUCAGAAUGCUGGUGAGGAUCAAAAUGAAGCUGUUAACAAUGAUGCAAGGAACCUUCCUGGUCCGGCAGCUCCUCCUCCCCGACCUGGUGUGCUGCCAGUCCGUCCCCUCCCUCCGCCACCAGGACUGCAGUUGAAUCUUCCUCGUGUACCUCCAAAUACAGUUCAAUAUUCUGGUCCAACUGGUGGGGCAUAUCCUGUACCUCCACAAAGGCCGGUCGGUAUUCAGAUUAUGCAGCCAAAUUAUCCCCCUCCUCCAAUGCAAAUGGCAUCUGGACAGCAACACGUUAUGAUAAAUCGACAACCCCCUAUGCCUACAUCUAUGUCUGGGAAUCCAAGUCUACCUGUGCCGCCUCCACCUGGAUCUCAAUAUAAUUCUAUGGCAGUUCCUCGACCUUUUGUUCCUCUUCCUGUCCCUCAACCUGGAUUGCCUAUGAUGCCUCCACCACCUCCUCUGCCUCAAGGAAUGCCUCCACCACCUCCACCUGAGGAUGCUCCUCCUCCACUUCCAGAUGAACCAGAGCCGAAGAGGCAAAGACUUGAUGAUUCUGCGCUUGCUCCAGAAGAUCAGUUUCUGGCUCAACAUCCUGGACCUGUGCACAUCACUGUUGCUGUUCCCAAUAUUGAUGAAGGAACUCUCAAAGGGCAAGUUUUGGAGAUUAUGAUGCAGUCCUUGUCUGAAACUGUUGGCAGCCUGAAGGAGAAAAUUGCUGGAGAGAUCCAACUUCCUGCGAACAAACAGAAAUUGAGUGGAAAAGCUGGUUUUCUGAAGGAUAAUAUGUCACUUGCAUAUUACAAUGUUGGACCAGGAGAGUCGCUGUCUCUCUCUUUGAGAGAGCGUGGUGAACUUCGCAGCUUAGUUUAUUUGCUAUUUCAUGGUUCGCCUCAUCCGAUAUCAGAAUUGGCCCUCUAUCUUGAACUUGCUUUUCUAGGUCUCUGCCUCUCUGGCGGCCAUGGAGUGUACCUUUUCGAGACCGGAGGCCUCGGCUUGGUCUUGAGCAUCAGUUCCAUUAACAGCCAACGUUCUGUAGACAAUUUGUACGCGCAAGUGUAUGAGAGGAGACGGAGGGAGAGGGAGAGGGGGAGAGAGGAUGUUAGAAGCUGGCCAUUUGCUAUCUGCUCAAAGCAUGAUAGGAUUUCCAACCGCCUAUCCAUCAAGGACAAGAAGAUCACAAAGAUAAGCAAGAAAAAUCAUAGGGCUCCCCGCCGUUUGGUUACAAUAUCAACUUCAAACGGGAGAUGGCAAGGUAAAUGGACUUCUGACUACCUACUGUCCCUUCAAGACCUGAAGUUAGAAGACUUGAUUGAAGAUGAACAAGAAGAUGCUGAGGUUAUAUAUGUGAAGCCUGGACAUGAAGCUGAUCUUGACUCAUUGAUACAAGACACAAUAAGGCUUACCACCUCAGUUAAAGAUACUUGCUCACAAUCAUGCGAGAAAUCCGAACCCAAAUUGCUACAUAUCGGUGGACAGAAAGCAGCUUCUAUUGAUAAGAGGUGGUCUAGACUCUUGGAGCUAAAGAAGGAAACUUUGUUGGAAGACCUUUGUAAUGGCAGGUACUACAGCGAAAGGCAUCUCCUAGUCCACAAUGAGAAGCAAAACAAAACAAAUUCAGAGGAAAAAUCAAAUGAAGCCACAUGGUUGGACAUUGCCGAGGUAAAACUCCAAUUUCUAGAGUUUAGCCUUGAGGACAAGGCUAGUCUUCUAGAGGUGACGAAUGUUACGAAUCAAAAUCCCUUCCAAUCCGGCAUUGAUGUGGAGGAUACAAGGGUUCAACAUCCUUUGAGAGUUUAUAUGCAUAGAAAGAGGAAUUCUAAUUGA